AUGUUGUCAAGGCGCAUGCUCACAAAGGCCGACGAGGAGUCCGUUGGCGACGAGGUCGAGGUCAGGAGGGAGGAUCAGGACAAGAUCAACAAGUUCAGUCGUCUGCACCAGCGCGAACUCAUUAUCGAGGAGGAGCUCAGGAACAAGAGCAAGGAGAAGGAAGAACUCGACGACCUCAGCACUGAGUUGGAGCUCACCGACGAAGACGAGACAGUACCGUACGAUUUUCAAGCCCGGCUAGCAAGACGUGCCGACAGCGCAAUGCUGACAUUCGACGAUAGAUACAAAAUUGGUGACGCCUACUUCCACGUACUACAGCCGCAAGCGAUCGAAAUGCUCGAGCAAGCAUCAGCCAAGAUUGAGGAGGACGUCGAGGGACUGGAAUCGAAGCUAGAAACCAUCAAGGAGGAGAUGACCCAACUGAAGGUCGAGCUGUACGCCAGGUUCGGGAAGAGCAUCAACCUCGAGACAUGA